AUGUGGUCAUCUUCUGGAAGCGGCAAGAAGCCCGCGCAAUCUGAGAUGGUCCAAGUUGAUCGAUCAGAGUCCGCAUCACCUUUCUGGAGACCGCCACCCCGAGACAGCCUUAGUUCCUCAUCCAAGAGGAAUAUCGCGUCGCCUACAGGUCAUGGAUCUGGCCUUGUAGUUGGCGCUGCAUAUUCCCACGCGGAUAUGCUCAAAUUCGACUCCUUGAACUCCAACUCCUCUCGACCUAGAACACCACCCUCCUCCUCAUCGGCCAAGAUUCGAAUCCAAGAAGCUUCUCCCCCUUCGAAGACGACACCUGGGAAGAACGGUUCCCCUCCUUAUAAGAGCUACAUCAACUUUCUUUCUAACACAAACGAUGACUGGAAGGCGGACGAAGAUGAUAUGAUGGGCUAUGAAGACGAUGACGGGGACGACUUUGGCUUGCCCAGUCUGUCAAAUAUGAAGAGAAGGACACGGCGCAUUGCUACACAAAACAGGGCAGAGUCCAGUACGUUGUCACCAUCAACUGAGGGACCCUCCGAUUCCUUCCUAGCAAGACGAUAUUCAAACAGCGCCGACAUCGCUAUCGAACGACCUGCACCUACUUAUCCCAUGCCCAAGAAAAGCGAGGGCAAGAUCCUUCGACCGCAAUACAAGGAAAUACUAAAAGACCCCGCCAAUGCUCUACACCUCAUCAACUAUCCUACCGUACCCGCCAACGCCACUCCUAAAGAAGCCGAUGCCAUUAAUUCUCGAAUUACACGUAUAAACAAGUUCAAGAAGCUCCUACAAGCUUCUACUAUCUCGAUACCCGACUUAAGACAACUUGCAUGGUCUGGAGUGCCACAGGAAGUCCGCGCCAUCACCUGGCAGCUGUUGCUCAGUUAUCUUCCCGCAAAUAGCGAGCGCAGAGUUGCCACCUUGGAGAGAAAGCGUAAAGAAUAUUUAGACGGCGUUCGCCAGGCUUUCGAGAGAGGAGGAGGAAAUGCAACCACAUCGGCCAAUACAGCUCCUACAGGACGAACUCGAGGUUUAGACGAGGCCAUCUGGCACCAGAUCAGUAUCGACGUGCCUCGAACCAACCCGCAUAUCGAACUGUACAGUUACGAAGCAACACAGCGAUCACUUGAGCGGAUUCUUUAUGUGUGGGCUGUACGUCAUCCAGCCAGCGGUUACGUUCAAGGCAUCAACGAUCUCGUAACGCCGUUUUGGCAAGUAUUCCUUGGCAUCUAUAUUGGAGAUCACGAUAUUGAGUCCGGAAUGGACCCGGGACAACUCCCUAAGUCCGUGCUAGAUGCAGUGGAAGCCGACUCCUUUUGGUGUCUAACAAAACUGCUCGAUGGCAUUCAGGACCACUAUAUCGUUGCGCAACCAGGCAUUCAACGCCAAGUUGCUGCGCUACGCGAUUUGACAGCACGUAUAGAUGGCAAUUUGUCUAAGCAUCUCGAGCAAGAAGGUAUUGAGUUCAUCCAGUUUAGUUUCCGUUGGAUGAACUGUCUCUUGAUGCGAGAAUUCAGUGUCAAGAACACAAUCCGAAUGUGGGACACUUAUUUGGCUGAAGAGCAAGGUUUCUCCGAGUUCCAUUUGUACGUAUGUGCGGCCUUUCUCGUGAAGUGGUCCGAUAAGCUCCUCGAUAUGGACUUUCAAGAGAUCAUGAUGUUCCUUCAGAGCCUCCCUACCAAGGGAUGGACAGAAAAGGACAUUGAGCUGCUCCUGAGUGAGGCGUUCAUCUGGCAGAGCCUCUUCAAAGGCUCUGCGGCGCAUCUUAAGGGUCAACCUGCUCGUGAACCCGUCACGAAUUUACAACUAUGA